AUGAAGCCGGUUCUGUUCUAUCUCCUCUGGCCCGUGGCAGCUCUCGCGGCCACGACCACAAAUCUCACCACAACUGGUUGCGUUGACACCUCAGGCCUUCAAAAGUGCCUUGACAAGGUUGCCUCCACUGCGCAGACCUGCCUCGAUAAUGCGCGCAAGGACGGCAGUCAGGUCGAGACGCUCGCGUGCGGAUGCGUGUUCUACACCGACAACAUCAACUGCUACGCUGCCAGCUGCUGGAACCGCGUCUACGAGUGCGAGUACCAGGAAUAUGUCUACGAGUAUCUGAAGAGCUGCGACACCGCCAAGCCUCCCCUUCCCUACUUUCCUGCGCCGGAUAAUGCACAGGAUGCGUGCUCCUGCAACCUCGGGAAGGUGUACGAGACGUUCCUCAACAGUCUUAAUGAGGGUACCUCAUGCAUCAAGGGAUCAUCAUCCUUCGGGACAAGGGAUGCCCUUGGAUCGAUCAACAAAAUGGUCGCUUGCCAAUGCUGUGCGAUGAGCGGAGCACUUUCCGGCAUAUACGAGACAUGCCCUGACACGGACCCCGAUCUUGUUGGCUUGUCAUAUGUAUCUCAGCUCGAAACCCUCUACAACCAACCAUUCUCCGCCUGUGGCUCCUACAUGUCCUCGUACGACUGUCAGAAGGAUCUCAGCUUCACCGCCGCCAGCAGCUUCAUCUCGCCCGGCAGUGCCCUUACCACCGGCAAGGGAAGCCUCUCAAAUGGACCUGGUAGCGUGACCAGCCCAGGAAGUGGUUCCGCUUUCUCAUACACCAACCUGGCCGAUAGUGUGGUCUACACGAUCACGGCUGCGAGUGCGAGUGGGAAUCAGAACAGCGGAGGAGGCGGUAGCUCGAGCGGCUCGGCUCAGGCCAGCGCAACUGGCAGCAAGAGCAGUGACCAGAAGGGCACAGCUGCUGUUGGCAUCAGUGGAGCAGGCAGAAGUGCCAUGCUGGUGGGUUUUACAUGGCUAGUGGCUAUUCUAUAG